AAACAACACGUACGUGUGUGUAGUAAGGUGACCCUAGCUCGUGCUGUUGUGUAAUUCCACACAUGGAUACAGAGCUAGUGUAUGGACAUUGUACUGGUCUCUGGUUUGUGAGGUAGGAUCUAACCAUUAGACUGACCAUGUUGUACAUCGUGGACGUGGUGAUUGGGCUAAUCUAUCUGUAUUUCGCCUUUCUGUUGACCUAUGUGAACUGUCACUUUCGAUCAAUAGUUGACAGGGUACGGAGCAUGGUUAGAUGUAGGAAGUACAGGACCACAUGCAAGGACUGUAUCAUUAUAUUUUCCCGUUACCCCCGGGCAGGAACUACAAAAACGAGGCUCAUCCCCACCCUCGGACAGGAUGGUGCAGCGUACUGUCAACUUCUUAUGACUGAGCACAUACUGGACACAGUGUCCGACCUUGUGUCACACAACACAAUGCCCGGGGGUUUUGAGGUUGAGGUGCAGUACAAGGACGGGUCACCAGCCGAGAUGGAGUAUUGGCUCGGGAGACGAAGACAACACACCCCUGGGCUCGUGUGGGCGGAACAGGCUGAUGGAGAUCUAGGAAACAAGAUGAGAACAGCUGUUCUAAGAAAAUUCGCACAGGGCAAAGACAAUGUUGUUAUCAUCGGAGGAGAUAUUCCGGGGAUCACACAGAAUGAAUUACUCGAGGCUUUCGCCAAACUGCGAGGGAAAACAGACAUGGUAUUAGGACAAGCGGAAGAUGGCGGUUACUACCUGGUGGGAUUUCAUAAAACAGCCAGCAAAUAUAUGGCGAAUGUAUUCGAGGACAUUGAAUGGGGUACCAGUAGUGUGUUUCAACAACAGACCAAAAAAGCCAAGUUGUGUGGCGCGAGCCUCGGGAUUCUGUCCACGGUCCUGAGUGACGUAGAUACGGAAAUGGAACUUCCCGAGUUUGAAAAAGAGGUUGGGGUCCGGAGGUCGGAGGUUAUUGAGGACUCGUGGAGUGUCGUCAUACCUGUUCUAAACGAGGCAAAUGGGAUCGGGAAGACUCUUGAAUCAGUUGUACAGAAUUGCAGUGACGUCAACAAUAUUAAAGAAGUUGUCGUUUGUGACGGAGGAAGCACUGACAACACCCGUGAUGUCGUCAGAGAAUUUGGACGGACGUCCCCUGUGAUCAUCAGACUCAUUCACAGCCCGCCAGGUCGAGGAUUCCAACUAAGAUCUGGAGCAUACGAGGCCCGAAGUGAAUAUAUAAUGUUUAUACACGGAGACAGCAUCCUGCCACAGAACUAUAACAAGGCUGCCUACCGUUGCCUCCAGCGGCCAGGAGUGGUGGCGGGAGCGUUCCAAUUCGCUACGGAUUUAGUUCAUAAUCAAGAUUAUUUACCUCAAGAAAGAGCCAUGAGAACAAAACUAUACUGGUUGGAAAAAUUCGUGGAGUGGCGUUGUGGAAAUCCUGCCGAACUUCCUUUCGGAGACCAGGGUUUAUUCAUGCGCCGUGAAAUGUACAAUAAAGUAGGAGGGUAUCCGAAAGUCUACCUCAUGGAGGACGUUAUAUUGGAUGGUUCUUUGAAAGUCUUUGGCCAUAUUGGAAAGGCGGAAUGUGGACCGCUUAUUACGUCAUCCAGACGAUGGAUAAAAUGGGGAUUUAUCAGAAUAACAGCAACAAACCAUUUCAUUAUUACGUGUUAUAAGUAUGGAAUUCAUCCGGAUACGCUUGCAAAAUGGUACUACGGAGACAAGCUAAAGAAACAAUGAUGUUCGUCAAUUCAAUUGUAUAAGUUAAUUCCAGGGCAUCCUAAAUCCAGAUAUUGUACGUCAGUAUAAGCCCAAAUCACAGUGAGGUUCACCUGGACAACCCCAAAAUGCAAUGAUAUUCACCAGAACGAGCCCAAGACACACUGAUGUUCGUAACGACCAACCCAAAACACAAUGAUAUUCGUCAGGACAUCCCAAAUCAUCCACCAGGACAAAAAGGAAGAACUAAGCACAAACAUGCUGUAAACGUCAUUGAAAACACGCGACUCUCUAACAAUCUCAAAACACAAACAUUGCUGUUUCACAUAUCAAUGGAAGCGUAGGGACAGUCUCAAAACAAAAACAUGGUUGUUUCACAUGUCAAUGGAAGAUGAGGAACAGUCUCAAAACAUGAACUUUUCUAUUAUAUCAGUGAACACUUAUGAUAUGCUAAGUACUUAAUGAGUGGUGUUCUCUGAGUGCCAUUAUUUCUUUAAAAAUAAUAGGGUUGGGUUGUUUUAGGAAUUAAUUCUAAGACAGUUAUAGACUGUUUCAUAUAAGCUGCCCUUUUCAUACCUGAAUUUUUACCCGAGAUUUCUUGUGUUUCUCACAACCUAUCUUCAUAUAUUGAGCUAUUAAACUAAUUAUAUGAAUUUUAUUGGAUGGAAAAUAAUAAUAAAACAGAUAUACCUGAAAUAAAACUAUCCAUGACAAGUGGUAUCUAUAUAUCUACUUGACAUCACUAUGUGUCAUGUUAAAUCCUGUGUCUAGUUCUAUACAUAGUUAAUUCUUCGAAAUGUUUUGAACUGUAAGACAUACAAAAAUGUAGUUUUCGGGUACCCUGAUUAUGUUUCAGCCCUGAGUACAGUUUGUAUUGUUUUGAAGUUUCGUUCACACCUAACUCAGCUUGUGAGUAUUUUGUAUAAACAUGUACGAUAUGAAAAUAGCAAAUGCAUAUAGCUAAAACUAAAUUUUACACCGCCAUGUGUACCUCCAGGUUGAGGCCGAUUGUAUCUCAAAGUAACAUCAUUAUUAUUGUCAUUCUAAACUAGGAAUUUACCGCUGAUAGUUAUCAUUCUAUUAUCAUUACUGUUAUUAUUCUUAAAUUUGAUCUAUUCACUUCCUGAAAACCAAAAACAACUUACUAUGAUUACAUUAUUCGGCUUUGAUAAGAACUACCUUAAAUUACGAUGCUAUUUAUAAUCAAACCAUUGUAUAUCAAUCUGUAUCAGGACUGAGUUGAUUACCCUCACCUUAAAUAUGUAUAUAUUCAUGCUUUCUGUUAAUUUACCUUUCCUUUCUAUUUCCCUUUCUAUAUCAAUAUUCCUGAACUUAUCGACUUUCUUUCCUAAACUUUGUUCCAGUGUUUCCCUUAUUACUUUCUUUGCAUCCAAACUCACUUUCUUCUCUCUCGAACCCCUACUAUCACCUUUCCUCACAAACUUCUACUUCCUACCAUUUAUGUUAUAUUGUUAUACGGAUGAUGUACUAGACGCCUCCAUACUGUCAGAAAUUAUUAUUUUUACCCUCCCUAAUGGGAUGUUGUAUUGAUUCUUUGAGGUGCGCUAUUGGUGCUCUUUAUUGUAGAACACAUUCUAGAUUUGUUCGUAAACGUCUUAGACUCUUGAACAACCCGUAUUCCUUUAUCAGUGUAUUCAAAAUAGCCAUAUAUUCUAGUAUUGUGUUCGCCUUCUUAUGUUUUUACAAGCGUGAAAUAAAAAAAAAACAAUGUAGUUAUAA